AUGGCCUUGUCGAGCACCGAAAUUUCCUCGCUGGUUGUUUUUGUCAUUUGUGCUUUGGUACUGAUGGCUUUUAUUGUAAUUUAUGUACUAUUUUCAAGUCGAAUAUUUGCAUGGGCUAUUUGUAAAUUAGCGUGGUAUUGGAAAUUAAAGACGUUGAACGAAUAUUUAUCGAUUGGAUCUCUAACAUUUUCACCACUCGGAGGAAAAAUACUUUUCCGUAAUGUACAGUAUACAACCAAGAAUGGCUCACUACACAUUAUUGAUGGAUACAUAGAGAUUUAUUGGUGGUUUAUUUUAACAUCUACUUGGCAAAAGUCCAAAAAGGAGUCAAGAUUUAGAUGUUAUCUGAAUGGAGUGGAAUGGCUGAUUUAUAAUAACGUGUCACGAUACGACCAAAUUAAUUCAAAAAAAUUAAAUUAUAAUUUAAGCGAUAGCGAUGGAGAGGAAGGAGACCGACUACACAAUGAUGACAGAAUUCACGAUACGGAGGAUGAAGGCCAUCGGGAUAUUUUGGAAGAGGAUAAUAUUCAAAAAUUUUUCACCUGGGCUAAAGCUGUUGGUGUUGAUAUCCGAAGAGGUUGUGUAGCUAUUGGAAAUAGUGAAUUACCUGUUUCUGUGAGAAUAGCAUUUAGAAGAGCCAUUUCAACCAUUUAUCUUGACAAACCAGCUUGCAAUUUGGACAAGUACAAAUUAGUGGCUGACAUUAAUUUUGAGUAUAUCAAGGUCAUGUUCAUAGAGAACACAAGCAUUCCUCAAUAUAACACUCCCCAUUUCGAACUCUCCAGAAAAAAAGUUGAGGAAGAUAUUAUUAAGGAAGUCCAAAAACAAUUUAAGAGCAUAUUUAAAAACUCUAAUUUUGAUUUUAUGAACGAACUCAAAACAAUGGCUUCUGAAAAAAUAGAAAAACAACCAGAAUAUGUAUUUAAUUUAAAAGAGAUAGAAAAGGAUAAGUCAGCAAAUGUGGAUGAAACCAAAGUUUGCCUGUGUACAAAAUUAAGAGUUUCUUAUUAUUAUGAAGAAGGAGGUGUCAUUCCAGAAGAGCCAACGUCUCCACUACCUCCUCAAGUGGAUGCUAGUAGAGAAAAUCCAACAGAGCUUGCCCCUCCCUCUCACGGAGUAGAGUUGCAUUUUGACCGAUUUGUUGACGGAGCAAUUGUGUACGGUCCCUGGGGAGAUCAUCAGCGUGCCCUUCUUCAAGCAUUUUUCUUUCCUCCGCUGUACGAAAAUGCCAAAUAUUACCGAAAAACGUCUGGUAGACAGAGAAGAGCUGAAAAGUUUGAUGUUGAAUUUUACUUUAUGGAAAAAACAACAUGGAUGUUUCCUUUUAUCAGGACUCCUAAAACGUUAAAGGAAAAGAAAGAAAAUAAGGGAAAUCAGGAAGUAUUGACAAUGAUAUUUGAAAAGAAUUCAUUUCUUCAUUGGAGUGGAGAUAUGUUUGCCUCUCUUACAACAAAUGAAACUGUCACCAAUAUUGACUUUAACUUCCCUGGCAUGACUCUCGUUACUAGCAAUACAAAAGUAGCGUUUGGAGAGGCAGAAAUUGGAAAGGGUCACUUUGUCUUGAAAAACUCUGCCGAGUGGAACGGAAAAAGAGAAUGGAUUUUCAAUUUAGAAGCUAACAAAUCAACAGUUUACUAUACUGCAGAACACAUUGGAUUUAUUAUGGACAUUAUUAGAGAUUGGAGAAAUUAUCCUAAUCAAAAACCACCAACGUUGUUGGAUUUUAUUCCUUCUGUAUAUACUUAUAACUUUUAUUUAUAUAACUCAACACUCAAGAUGCAUACAAACGAGUUGAACAUCGUUGAGCAUCCUAACGAUCCAUCCCAUAACCAUUUCUUUUGCAUUACGUAUCCUCUCAUGGCCAUAUCUUUCACAGCUCCCAGUGAGAUUUUUUCUCCUUCUGCAGUAGAAUAUACAUUUAGCGUUGAAAUUAAAGGAGAUUCUACUACAGAUCCAGGAGUUCACAUGGAAUAUCCUGCAAAUCAUCCUAUAUUUGAAAAUAGUAAUGAUCCAUCCAGAAAGUUUUUAUGGGGAGAACGGGCAUAUGUACAUGGCUCGUAUACAGUUCAUGAAAAAAUACAUGCUGACAAUGUAGAUUGUUGCAUGAUUAACAUUGAUCUAUUUAAUGUCAACUUGUUAGUCAAUGGAUAUUAUAUUAACUAUUUAAUUACCAUGUGGUUUGAUCAUUUUACGGCAGAGAGAUUUUGGAUGACUACAGCAGAGUUUAAAUCUAAUGGGUUCAAAAACGACAAAUCCAAACAGAUUAAUAAUCUUCAAUCUACUGACUUGAACUCUAUACCAUUUAGCUCCAAUAUCACUGAAUAUGUUGUAAAUAUUAAUAUCAAACGAGGAAAAGUUCACUUACCUCAUUCUUUGUACUCCAGCGACGAAUGUACUCAAUUAAUGGGAGAAGAAUUUAGUAUGGACAUUAGAUAUGUUCCUGCUAGCGUUGAUCUCUGUUUUUCGUUAGGUCAAAUGAUGGCAGAAAUACCAAUGGCAUUUGACGAGAGAACUAGACAAAGCAAGAAAUUUGUUGGUUGUGAAGGCAUCAAAUUUAAUGCACAAAUACCAAUGGGGCCUAACCCUGAUGGCUUAACAUGGAGAAGAAAACUUCACUUUGAUAUUGGUGCACUUUCUGGAGAGAUUACUCCUAGCCAAAUUGGAAAUGUUGUCAAUUUCUUGCUCAAUUUUGUGUAUCAAUGGAGGUUGGCGUAUUAUCCAAAGCCAGAAAUGGCGUUUAAAAAAGCAGAUUAUUCAAGAAGACAAUAUUCUGAAGAAGAGUUUGAUGAGUGUGUCAUUUGGGAUAUCCGAGUCACCUUUGUUUCUAUUUUUGCUACCAUAUCGAUGGCCAAUGGUCUUGUGCAAUUAGACGUUGACAAAGGGUUGGAGAUUACUUUUGAUACAUUGAACAAUGGGUCAUCAAAUUCCAGAUUCAAUCUUGUCAUUCCAACCAUCCACGCUCGAGCAAUGCAUGCAAGAGAAAUGGGAAUGAAAAUGGAUGGAGAUUGGAUCCAAGUAGGAGAAUUAUUGACAGGGUUGAGUGUUGGUAUGGCCAAAAGGACUCAUGACCUUAGAGAACACUAUUUUAGACAGCAAAAGUUCAUUCAAAACAUGAACGGGGAUGGCUUUGACCUUCAAUAUAACAUGGAAAGGCAACACAACUUGCUGAAUAGAAGCGCUGUAGAAAGCGGCUCAAGUAAGAAGCGUUCUAAAAGGAAAAACUUAUCAAAACGCUCUUUUGCAAAAAGCUCAACAGAAAUCAGUGAAACCGACGCCAGUGAAACAGACACGGACGAAUUUUAUGAUAUUGCUGACGAAGAAGAUGAAGAAGAGGAACUGAAGGAAGAAAAUGAUAGAGUCUUUGUGGCUCCAAAAACUAUACAAGAAGAAAUUAUUCAUUACGAGAAUGACCAUCGAAAGGAAAUUAGCACAGAAUAUAUUGAUAAUCUUAUCCAUGAAGACAAUUGUCAGACUUUUGAGAAAGAAUCAUUGGAUGCUCGAUCUCAAUGGAAUUUAAUCUCAAAAAGUUUUCCAAGCAUGUCUACUUAUUCAGCAUAUUUAAAUAGCUAUAAUUGUGAAUUUGAGCGAGAGAGCUUAGCACCAACAAGUUAUACAGCCAAAAACUUUCUGGAAGAAAAAUUUCCUUACCACAGACUAGGCAUGUACUCUCCUUUUCCUGAAAUUAGAUUGUUACGACACAAACAGUUAGAUAAGUCAGAACACAAAGAUUACCUACCUCUAGCAAGCAAAUAUUCAAAGUUAAACAUGACAGAUUUCAGAGGACAAUUUUAUUCAUUCGCAACUGGAAAGGACCGAGAAAAUAUUCAAAGGAUUUUGCAAAUUGAGUCUCAGCUUAAUGCCCAAGAGAAUGUAGACAUUCAACAUGUUAAUAUUGAGUUUUUGAAAAAUGUCGAUAUUAGCCUUUCUCCAAAUGUUAUUCCAUUACUUCACAAUUUAGUGAAGUACAUUAUUUUACCAGAUUCUAACCUUCAUGCUACAGCGGAUCACAUUGAGAAAUCACAGAAUAUAUUUAAACAGGAAGUAGCAGAGGAGUUAUUGAAUGAGAAGAAAGUCAAGCCAACAUGGGACAAAAAGCGUAUUGUUUUUUCUGGAGGAGUGAAAUGUGUGAAUGUGAAUGUCAUCCAAUCAAUCUCUGUUCCCAAUAUUAUUCAAGAGUCUCCAGUUCAAGGCAUGGUUGGCACUUAUUCACUGAAAUUGUUUGCGACUGAUGCCUUGGCUGGUUGCUCAGUAACCCUCAAAUAUAAUGACAAGAAAAAUUCUUCAGAGCUAUACUCCAUAGAAGGAUUUGGUAAAUGUUUAGAAUUAGGAGGCGUGGCUCAAUGUGUGGACAUGAAGAAAAAUUAUUACAAAGGCGUGGACACCAGCGAAUUACCUCACCAUUUCCUUCAAAGAUGUAACCUAUCAGCUGACGCUCCAGUUGUUGCACUUGUUUCAAUACAAGAUAUCCAUUUCCAAGGUAAAAACAACAUUAAGGAAGAAAAUUCACAAGGAAGAUUUACUUGUACGGUAGGAAGGCAAGGAGCAGUCAAUUCUGGAGUUACAAUUCUAGUCACUCAUGACAUUGUGGUAAUUGGAUAUUCAACUGUUGAAGUUUGGAGAAAAGUAAUUACAGACAUGGUUCUUAACAUCAAAAAUUAUGUUAGACUGCGCCAUGUGUACGAUCUAUUACUGCUGAGUCAAAUCUCAAAGACGAGUAACAAUAUCAACUCCAUUAAUGAUGACAGUGGCUCAAUUCCAGUUCAUGGCGUACUCGAGAAAAAACAAGCUAUCAAGCACUUGCGCAAGGCUAUCUGUGCACUAUCUCUUUCUGAAGCAAAAAUGAUGCACAGGCACAUAGCUAACCAUGUUCACAUUAAGGUUGAUCCAAAGAAAGAAAUGAGGGAUGUUAGAAAUGAAUAUUCAGAAUUAAUCGAAGAGGACAGUGCUACUGCAUUCAAACAAACGAAAUCAGCCUCAAUCGAGCUAAGAACCGAUAUUUCAUUCCAUCUACAAAGACUAUCCUGCGCUGUUCACUCCACUGAUUACAAGACAAAAAUUUCCACAAAAAGCAUUGCAAAGGUAGAAGAUAUUUUAGUGAGAGGAAAAGUUGAGCAUGGAGUCUAUUCUCUAUUUGAUUCUGGCUACAAGCAUUUUGAAGAGUCAACACAGAAAAUUCGUGAGGUUUCACUCAUCUUGUCUAUCAACUGCAAAGAAUUUAGCAUUGACGUACAUUCUCAAACUCUUCUACUUCUUACAUCUGCAUUAGGAGUGUUUCUUAUUGUAAAAAACAAGCCAUUCAUCAAAAAUCUCAGAGAAAAGGAAAGGAAAAAGGCAACGGAAACAGUUAAACACAAAUCUCAGCCCAUGCUUGAGGUUCCAUCCAAAGAUGAUGUGAGCGCAUCUCAUUCCGAAAUGGAGCACGUUGAAAAAGAAUUACCAGUUUCCAAGGAUUCAAUCACCUUAAAGCUUCACGUUUUUACAAAUGUUCAUGUUGAAAAAGCUGCAGCAAGGGCGUGGAUGGACAAGGGAAGCUAUGCCGAACUAAGUAUUGACAAUUUUUCUUUUUCUUUCAAUCAGCCAAAACAAACAGAAGAGCAAAUGCUGGCAAUAACAUCUGAAUCAGUGGAAGAAAGCGCAAGGUCCACUAACAAAUCCUGCGAAGUUUCAAGUGUGAUGCAACAUUCAGGGAAUAUCUCUGUGAAUAAGAUUCUCUUCCAAUUCAACUAUUCAACACCAGAAAAAACUAGUAGUCCAAAGAAGGAGUUUAUUUCUUUAUUUGAUGUAACAGUUAGUGACAUCAGACUGAAUGAGUUCAUGUCAAAGGCCCAAGAGAAUUUACAUAUUCAUACCUAUUUCACCUUUGACAAAUUGCUUAUUAAUCUACCAUUCGCUGAUGUUUGGUCUGCCUCUUCAGUACAAUUCAGAAAUUUUGUGAAAACUUGGUACGAAGCAGUGGCUCGUAAACCCAAUUUACCUCCAUUUAACAUUGAGAAAGAAAAAUCAGCAACAGAACCAACGAAAGACAAGGAUUCAAAAACAUUAUCCAAUUUCUCAAUUCCGUCUAUUAACGUUGUGGCUGAUCUUAAUGAUGUUUCGGCGUAUUUUAAACUUGUUAAUGCUUUUCAAAUGAGAUAUGCUUUGAGUAAGCUCACUCUUAACUUUAAUCAAACACCAACGUUGGAAAAUAACUUCAUGGUUCAUUUAUUCCCUAAUUCAUUUACUUUAAAGUCAAAUAAUGAUGAAGAAUUUCCUCCAUCUAACAAAUGGGAAGGACCAAACAAGUCUUCAUCUGGAGUGAACGAAUUUAAGAAACAAUUCCUUCUUCCUGAACUCAUCAUUUCAGGAAGUCUCAAAAAUCAACAAGUUGAUGAAGCGUCUACUAAGAGAAUACUUUCAAUGCUUAUUGCCAUUGACUACAUGGAAAAUGUUGUGACUAGUGAUUUACUGAAUCAUGUCAUUGUCAUCCAAUCAGCAGUUGCAAAGGAAGUUAACAAGAUUGUUGAAAGUCUUAACAUUAACGUUGAAAAAGAAGACCUUGAGAAAAUCAAAACAGAGCUACCAAAGGCCAAAAAGAAUGUUAGUUCUUUAAACCUUGCUCUUGAUGUGAACAUACUGUUCGAUGGCAUUCGAAUUACUGCUCUUGGCCCAUCAACUGCUUUGGUUGUAGAUUCUGGAUCCAUUUUCGUCAAUGCAAAUACAUUGGAGAACAUGAAGGUUAAAGCCACGUUGAAAGGUCUCAACGUAAAUAUGAUUGAUACACAUAACAUUAAGUGGGGAAACACAAGAAAAUUCAAGGAUCGAUACUCGGAUAUUAGUGACUGCUAUCAAUGGGCCCAAUUCAGAACAAAUUUACAAAUUCAAAACUUCCUUGACACACCACUCAGUCAGUCCUCCAAGAGCGAUGAAUCCACUCGGAACUUUACAGUGGAUAUCUUUGAUACACAUUUAUAUCUACGUCCUGGUUGCAUUGAACAAGGACUAUUCCUUUUUAAAGAUUACAAACAGUCCAUGAAAACCCUUUUUGAAAAGCUGAAAGAAUCUCGACAAAAGUAUAGAUCUGAAGCGCUGACAUCAUUAAUCAAGACAGGAGAGCAAUACUACUCAAUGUAUUCUCAUCAAAUCAAAGAAAAGGUUACAAGCGAUGCUAGCACCUUUAUCAACUCUGGAGUAGUUCGUAUCACCAAUACGACUCUGUCCAUGCCAUUUGGAGACAAUCCAUUUUAUGGUUUCUUGACAAAUUCUGGACCUACUUAUAGACCAGCAUGUUGUUUGCAAGUCAUAAUUCCUGCAAUAGGGUUUUCAACCAUGUCAGAGUCUGAAGAUGAUGUGAGCGCCACAUUGGACACUAUUAUUUCAACAGGAAAAGAUAGUGUUUCUAGUCAACGGGUAGCAACAGGAAAAGUACUUUCUGUGAAUAUUUAUUUAGAUGAGAAACCAGCUCGAAAACCAAAACAAUCAUUUAACAUGCCUUCUCUUGGAGAGUAUGAAGUAGCCAAAACCAAAGCAAAAGUUGAAAAAAUCAUCAUGAGCUUGAAACUAAAGGUUACCAAGAAUGAAAUUAAUGGUUCUGGUGUUUUGCACAUUCCAGGACCAGAGUUGAGAAUUUCUCCUUCUCUCAUCCGAAGAGGUUUAGAACUUGGCUACGAUUGGUUCAAUCCCAAACGAAAACUAUUCGCCACAGAAAUGAUCAGUGGUAGUGAAAUUCCAACUCAAAAACCUGAAACUCCACGACAAGGUGAAUCUAUGAAGAUACGAGAUUUGACACGUAGAAAGUUUAAUUUUCUAUUUACUGCAAAUAUCCAACCUGGUGUUUUUACACUUGCACAUAAUUUAACACCAUCCACCAUUAUUCGAAGAAAGCUCACGGAUGACACUUCAAUAUCUGUGGAGGAAAAAUUACCUUCCAUCUCUGCUACUGCACUUCACAAAAAUCCUGGAACAAGUACCAAUCGAUCCACCACUCAUGUUCAUGUAGAAGUGAAUUGGGAUGGUAUCAAACUCAUGCCUAAAUCCAUCUUUUUCAUUUUAGAGACACUUCAUGAAUUUAAACUUUGGAAAAAAGAGGAAAAUAAGAGAAGAAGCAACUCCAGCUCAAUGACACUCGAAGAUUUACUCUCUGAAAGCGAUACCUCGAAACCAGUAGCUUGGAUGAAAAUGAUUAAGGCACUGCUAUUAAUUCAACGAGUGUACAGAGGACAUCGAGCAAGAAAAUUAUUUAAAAAGCUCAAAAACAACAAAACAGAAAGAGAUAAUUACCUUAAAAAAUCUGUGAAAAAGGAAUCCAAAAAACGUGAAGCAGUGACCUUACAAUCUGAUUCAUUCAGUUUACAAUGUCGAAUCCAUCCGUUCAAGCUUGAACUUUCAUGCUUUCCACUUGCAGAAACUGCCACAAGUCUCGAAUUUGUAGCUCCAUUCGAUAUCAUGAUGAGUCGAACAUUGAGAUCAGUUCAAACAGGAUCCACCAGAGGAAAUGCCAUGUAUAUGAAUCUCUUCAUGUCAUGCCCUUCAGUCAUUGUAAGAUGUUAUCAUCCACUCACACCAACACCAUUUAUUAUUGCAACAGUGAAAGGUAUUAUUGGAAACGUGGGAAGUGGUUUUGGAAGUUAUCUCAGGUCUGAUGAUACCCCUGUCUAUUCAGGUACCAUUCAUGUCAAGAAAAUAUCACUUGAAGUGAGUCUACCUCAAAUGAAUCACUUCUUCAUCAUGUACACGAUAUGGAUGGACAAAUAUGAAGAAGCGAAAAAUGCUUUGAAAGUUGUGAGAGGAGAAAUUGUUUCAUCACCCAAACUAAUCACGCCUCUACCUGUGACAAGCGAGGAACAAGAAGAAAAGGAACAAAAGAGAAAGAAAAUUAGUAUGGAUGAAAUUUCACUCAAUUCCACAGCUUCUAAAUUUGGACAGCUACUUAUUUCUUCUUUUGAGAUUGUUAGUGAUAUGGGACCAACGUUGGGAAAGCAAAAAUUCGUUGCUGAUGAAAUUUCUCUCUUCUGUAAAGAUAAGGGUCGCAUUCAAAACGAAACUGUUCGAGAUCCUCUUCACAUUGGAGGAUAUAUUGGAAAAUUGGAAGGAAAACUUGUUGGAAGACUUCAAGGAAACAUUUUAAUGCAUGGAGUUGUGGCAGGAAUUAAUCGCUCAUUUAAAGUAGGAGGACCAAAUCCAACCUAUAAGGGAGUUACUGAACUUUCAUUGACUGCUCUUCCAAGUCUUAUUGAUAUUGAACUUAAUUCUGCAAAAAUUUUGAACAUUUCUUUGAAAACACUUUCUCUCCAUUUUAGUGAUGUAUUUGAUUCUAGUGACGGUAGAAUGUAUCAUGUGGAAACAGAAAUUAACUCUUCAGGAGCUAUAGUAAGAUUAUCAAAAAUAUCUGCAUCAGCAUUUAUUUAUGUAUUUUACAAGAUCAAGGAAUUGGCAUCUGAAAAGAAACGAGCAGCACUUGAUACAUUGCAAGGAUCUGUUUCAUUUUUCAAUUUUGAUUCAAAAACGUCAGAUCAUGAUGACACGGAUGAUGAAGAUGAAAAACCGUAUCAAAUCAAAUCUCUCACCAUUCAAUCCCCAACCAAACAAUUCCUUUCUCUUGUUCCAAUGGGUGACAUUGUUUUUAAAGGAGCUAAUUUAAGAGUUUAUCUUUAUGAAAAGUUUUCUGUAGAGAAUGACAAAUUUAAUCCCAAUGGAGAUUGGUUAGAAUUUGGAAUGGAUGAUUAUCAACUCAAGUUUAAAAGAAAAGCACUUGUGGAGGACAAAUCAGUGGAAAGAAGUUUAACAUUGUUCUUGGCAAAAGUAGUUUUGGAUCGAAUGGCACCUCCAACAAAGAGAUCCUUUAUUUUGGAAGUCCCUGGUGCUCACUUGACAAUGAAUUCUGUUCAAACAAGAGCUUUACCUGAUAUCAUUAAUUAUACAUUCAAGACCAAGUUCCCAAAAGCAAUUACAGUGACUACCAAUUUGAACGAAUACACAUUCUUGCAAGGAUUACUCAAGUUAUACAAGAAUGAAGUGAAAAAUGAAUUGGAUGAACAUCAAAAGUCGUCUAGUCAAGGUGCCACAGGAACCAUUAUUUCAUUGACCUCUCCUUCACUCAAUGAUCAAACGUCCUCUCAAAAGAAGACAUCCAACAUUUUUGGUAUUUCAAAGAGACAUUUUGAGGGAACUGUUCAACUUAAUCCAAAACUUAACGUUCUAGGAGAUUUAACCCCUGAGGUACAAACAGUGUUGGGAUGGCUUGGAAUUUCUGAAAGUAUCAUUCCACAAGUGACACAUGAAGGCGUGACAGACACUUUGGAGACCAUUCUCAUUGCCUGCUACAGAACCAGCGAGUUGAUGGACAGAAUUUUCAUAGAGCAAGAAAAAUAA